UUUUGUAAUUAUGCCUCUUACACCAUUCGUCAUUUGCGUGUAUAUGUGAAUGUCAAAACAUCUUUGGAUUUCUUUUGGUCUUCGAUUAAAUUGGACAAAAUCGAGGAAAACAACAGAAUUGUCUAUAAAAUUUGUAUUCGUACAAUUAAUUAAAGCAUAUUCCAAUGCCUCCGAAAGUAACACCAACCUGCGUCGAUUGUAAAACGACAGAAUCGCUUUUGUGGCGCACAGUUGAGAAUGGACAAAUAUGCCUGACCUGCAGUGAAUUGCGUGAGGAAAAAGAAGCCACGGAUGAAAACAAAAAUGUGGAUAGUACCAGCGCAGAGCAAGACAAGAAUAAAAAACCCAACAAAGACGUAAAGGAAGAGAAGAAGGAAGCUGCAACGACAUCAACAAUAGAGGACAAAUGUUCUCGCCUAAGAAAAAGUACCAGGGCAACACGUUUUAAGGCCAAGUUAAUUUCCACAAACAGCAAUUCAACAAAUGGAAAUGGAGAAAAAUCUAACGCUGGCGGUAGUAAUUCAAAGACACAGACUAAGGGUCGUAAUCGACGAAGUCUUUUCAAACGUGUACCAUUUAAAACACCACAGGCUCAAGCCACCACACACUCCGUUGAAAGUGUCUUCCACAAGGGUUCCUAUUUGCAAGUUGGUGACAUUGUAUCGCUUGUGGAUAGUGAAGAUAAUGUAUAUUAUGCUCAAAUACGUGGCUUAUUGAUCGAUAAUUAUUGUGAAAAAUCUGCCUUCCUCACCUGGCUAAUACCCACACAAGAAAGUCCAGAUCCCAAGGAUGGUUUUGAUCCAGCUACAUAUUUGAUAGGCCCUGACGAAGAACUUUCACGAAAAUUGUCCUGCCUGGAGUUUGUUAUGCAUGCUCCUAGCAAUUACUAUUUAGAUCGAACAACACCAUUUCCCCUGCCUGAUUCGAUGGAAUGCGACACAAAGCCAGGCGGUUAUAUAUGGACCAAAUUACCAGAAUAUCAAAGGAAUAAAGCCAUCGAAGUGUGAGGAAGCCAGAACAAGUUGUAUACAAAACAAAAUUAAAUAUUUAUUUAAAAAUAGAAAUUCUCAAAACAUAAAUAAAAUAAAAGAAACAUAAACCAUUUAA